AUGCAGUGGGCCGGCAAGCAGUUGAAGCGCUUCUUCCAGCCUAAGCCGGCUGAUGAAUCUCCUCGCCGCCCGACGGCCGAGGCUCAUCCACAGGAGUCUCGAACAAAGGGCCAGCUGAAAGAAGAGGCAGUGAGAUUGAAAAGCCAACUUGACGCCUUGACUGCGGGACUGGAAGUUUCUGUUGUGAAUGGGACUUGGGUUCAGCGCUUCAUUGAUCUGCACCAGCAGCACCUGGAGAUUGGCUGUCGACUGGAGGAUGGCACCGUAAAUGUGCAGGCAGAGGUCAAGCGGCUGCAACACGUUUUGGCCCACUCCAAAGUUGUGGCGGCGCUGGACACUCCGGGGUUGUACCGGGGACGGACUGGCCAUUUAGGGCCGCCAGCGCGCCGGACGGACGUUUUCAGCUCGAGCUUAGAUGAUGACAGUGAUGAGGCAGUGGCAGCCGGCGUGAAUGGUCACCAGGUGAGACAAGGCCAAGCAGCGAAAGGUUCCGAAGAGGAUCACGACGACCUGGAGCGCUCGUAUGAUGCUUUUGACACUUUCCACGCGGCAGGUGGCUCGUUUCAGCCGCCUUCGCGCCAAACGAAUCAGGCCGAGAAGUCUGGACGUGCGCAGGCAGUAGACUCAGCAGACUCCGCAACAGCAGCACACGCGGCAGCGGCGCGCAAAGCGGAAGAAGAACGCUGGGCCAGAGAGGCCGAGGAAGCGGCGCGCAAAGCAGAAGAAGAACGAUUGUCCAGAGAGGCCGAGGAAGCAGCACAGAAAGCGGAUCAGAAUCUGCCAUCCAAGGAGGCAGAGCAAAGGGUACACGCCAUCCAGCUGGAUGCAGAGGAUUUGCUCGGUGGCCCUGAUGUGUGUUCUCUGCCUGUGGACAACUUGGAGGAUGUGUUAGGCCCCAACACGGCGAUUCCAACGUUUGACCAGGAUGCGCCCGGUGCCGGACAGCGACUUCCUGCCAGCCCCGCUGAGCCACAGGAUUUGCUACAAGCGACGAGUGCCAUGCCAGAGAAGCCGGUCACGCCAGAAUUAGAGUCCGACGAGGAGGACCUCCUGGGUGGCACAAGCGUUGCAAGUCGGCCACUUGCCACAUCUGCCGACGACGAUCUGCUGCUUUGA